AGCCUGUUGGGCCUUGGGAGGGGACAGCAAGGGAAGGUUCUUCCUGCCUCUAGGGACCCAGACUUCCGCUUUCUGAGGACAGCAGCAGGCUCUGGGCUCUGGGAAUCCACUGCUGUCCGGCCUAGAAGCAUCACAGAACACCAGGAUUCCAUACACAGGAAGCCCCUGAGGCUGAGCUGAUGAAGACACAGUGGGGUGAGGUCUGGACACACCUGUUACUGCUGCUUCUAGGUUUUCUCCAUGUGUCCUGGGCCCAAAGCAGCUGCACCGGGCCCCCUGGCAUCCCUGGCAUCCCUGGGGUCCCUGGGGUUCCUGGCUCUGAUGGCCAACCAGGCACUCCAGGGAUAAAGGGGGAGAAAGGGCUCCCUGGACUGGCUGGAGACCUUGGUGAGUUUGGAGAGAAAGGGGACCCAGGGAUCCCUGGGACUCCAGGCAAAGUUGGCCCUAAGGGUCCCGUCGGCCCUAAGGGUACUCCAGGCCCCUCUGGACCCCGCGGUCCCAAAGGCGAUUCUGGGGACUACGGGGCUACACAGAAAGUCGCCUUCUCUGCCCUGAGGACCAUCAACAGCCCCUUGCGACCGAACCAGGUCAUUCGCUUCGAAAAGGUGAUCACCAACGCGAACGAGAACUAUGAGCCACGCAACGGCAAGUUCACCUGCAAGGUGCCUGGCCUCUACUACUUCACCUAUCAUGCCAGCUCCCGGGGCAACCUGUGUGUGAAUCUCGUUCGUGGCCGCGAUCGGGACAGCAUGCAGAAAGUAGUCACCUUCUGUGACUAUGCCCAGAACACCUUCCAGGUGACCACAGGUGGGGUAGUCUUGAAGCUAGAGCAAGAGGAGGUUGUUCACCUGCAGGCCACAGACAAGAACUCCCUCCUGGGCAUUGAGGGUGCCAACAGCAUCUUCACUGGCUUUCUGCUUUUCCCUGACAUGGAUGCGUAAUCACGGGGUCAAAUUACACCUAUCCAACACCAUCUUCCUGCCUCCCUGCCAGCAAUCCUCCCUGGACCCCUGACAUCACCCCCUUGACUGCCUGAAACCCAGACCAGAGCCCUGUAGAUGUUACAGAACGAAUGGGUCAAUAAACUCUUCAAGGCCAAAAGAC